AUGGCGAUGCCGAGCACAGAAGCGGCCGUUGAUGGGCAGGAGGAGGCCAAGUACGAAGGAUCCGCACACGAAGAUGCGUGGACGCGCGACGAACGAAGCUAUGAGGAGGACGAGCAGGGCCACGAAGUAGCGGAGGAGAGCUUUUGUGAUGACGGCCCACGUGGCGAUGUGCAUGGGAGCAGCGAUUCCGAGCGGGAGGAGCACAGCGGCCAUGACCACGACCACAACGACGACCACAACGACGAGCACGACGAGCAUGACGAGCAUGAUGACGAUGUGUUCAGCCAGCACAGCCAGAGCGAGCGCAGUCCGCGCAGCUCGCUCGACGGGUCUCUGGACAGCCACGGCGGCAGCUCGGGCAAGAAGACAGCCAAGGCGGACGAGAGCUACGAGCAGCACGAGGACGGCUACGACGACAGCGUGCAUCAUCACCAACGGCUGCCGCGACUGUCGGGCAUGUCGGCGGGGUCGGGCUUUUCGCAGGGCGGCGCGAUCUCCAACAUGUCGCAGUACCUGGAGGACUCGACGGCGGACUCGGGCCACGACGGCGGACAGAGCCAGUUUGUCGCGCGAGCGGUGUCGACGUCGAUCGGUGGCAGCGGUGGUCGAGGGGCGUUUCGGACGCCAUCGGCGCGACGACGACAGCAGGAGCAGCAGCAGGGCCAAGGCGAGACAUGGAUCGCGUCGCCGCCGACACGGACGGCAUCCCGGUUCCGGCCGAUCCAACCGGAGCCAGCGCCGCUGGUGUUGCUGCACGCGACGCUGAUGCCGACGCGAUGGGCCUGGGCCGACGUGCUGGAUCGCUGGGGCGAGGCAGCCGAGGAGCAGGCGGGCGAGACCGAGCACGACGCGGCCGAAGGCGAGAACAGCGAGGGCAGCCCGGGCAGCCCGGGGACACCCAGCCGGGCCUUCCGGCGGCUGCACACGGCCUGGUGCCGGCUGCAGUCGUUUCUCAACGGCGAGACGGUGUCGGAGCGUGGCGUGCUGCUGCCACACCCGCAAAACGACUUUGAGGUGCUGGAAGAGCGGCUGCUGGAGGCGCUGGAGCUGCCGGUGCGACGACGGGCGCGCAUCCUUGAGUGCGGACACUACCUCGGGCCGGUGGACGAUGACGACGACGACGGCGAUGAUGGGUACGAGGACGAGGACAGCGUGGCAGGCGAGGACGAGGACCUGGACGAGGACCACGACCACAGCGAGACGGACACGGCGCAUGGUGGCGACAGCAGCAUCAGCCGCCACAAGGAACGACGGCACUGGUGCGGGAUGUGUCGGGCGGAGAUCCGCUACGAGCCACUGCGGGCGGAGCGGGUGUUCCGGGUCAAGGUGUACGCUAGCAACGGGCUGAUGACGGCGGGCGCGUGGGCUGCGUGCUGGCGCGAGAUGGAGCGGGUGGACGUGGAGAUUGAGCCGGUGGUGACGGACGCGGCGCUGCUGCGAGAGCUAUCGCGAAUCCGGGCAACACAGGAGACGAAGACGAAUUCGGCUGGAUGGAAGCAGCAGCACGAGUCGGCUUCACUGACCGCUCUCCUGAUGGCAGCUGGUCGUGUCAUUCUGCGCGAUCACAAGCGCAUGGCCAUCACGGUUCUGAGCGGUCUGGUGAUCAUGCUGGUGGCGCUGCGAACGGCCACGGCGCCACUAGAGGUGAUCGUGUCGGCGGGGAUGCCGGGUGUGGUCCCGCCGGUGGUGCCGGUGGUGAGCGCAGAGGCGGCCGUGAAGGCAGAGCCGCUGAUGCGCGAGCUGGCCGUCGCUGCAGGCAGACAGCCGGUGACGGACACGAUCGCGGGCAUGGAUGCCGUCCCGACGACGACGACGGUGGAGACGGUGACGCAGCGACAGACGGUGCAGGUGUUUGAGACGGUGACGGAGCGAGUCACGGCGACCGAGAGGGUCCGAACGACGGAGACGGUCACGGCGACGGAGUCGGCCAACAAGGCCAAAAAGGUCUUUGAAAUCGAAGCGGCGCGGACUGUGGCGCAGAUGGACGUCGACAGCGUGGCGGCCGAGUACGGGCUCGAGCUCGUCGCCGACAAGAAGAGCACGGCCGGCCAGCCAGGCUUCAGCCCCGUCGACGCCAAGCCAGAGUACAUCGUGGCCGGCAGUCUUGGCGGGAGCUGCUGCGAUCGGAGCAGCUGCUGCGACCGAGAUGUGGCCCUGUUCUGA